CGAAAGAGAGAGAGAGAGAGAGAGAGUGGCAAGCACAAUAGAGAUAAGGAAACGUUAAGAGUUCCUACCGGAGUCUGCCUAGCAAUGAUUCGAUUCCAAGAUGCAGACGAGGAGUGCUGCGUGAGCAAGCGAUAUAUCGAGGAACACCGAUGGCGGACGAGAUAGCGACUGAUAUAUAGAGAUAAGCACUUGGAGAGAGAUGAGAGAGAGAGAGAGAGAGAGAGAAUGUGCGAGUAUGUGUGUGUAUGUGUGUGUGAGGGAAAGAGAGAGAACGAGAGAGCAAUCUCGUGUUAAAAAUUUGCCGAGAGUUAAGCACGGUCCGCGCGAGCGAUCGUAGUAGAGAAGGAAAGAAAGCUUCUCUGUGAGCACUGCACUUCCGCUCACUGAGAGAGAAAGAGAGAGGAAGAAAGAGAAAAAGAGAGUCAACCCCCGGUGAUGACUCGCGGAGGCUAGCUCGCUUCCGCAUACGAGCUCGACCCAGCACUUCCGUUCGGUGUCCGUGGCGGCGAGGCACAACGGCGUGAAAUCGAACUUCUUACAGUGUACCUCGAGUCGGAAGUCGAGACGAUAUUAAGGGGGUAGCAGGCGGAGUUGUCAGAGGGGAACGGGGAACAGACUUGGAACGACUUUCCCGGCGGGGGCACGGCUCGAGUGGCCACGGUACUGCUUAUUGAUCUCACUAAAGGGCAAAAGAAUGAAGCUCGGGCACACGAUCAGCGAUUCACGCAGGAAAUGCCCGGAACUCACGGACGAGCUGUUGGAGGUUCUGCAAAAUUGGGCGAAGGAGCGCGGGCUACCGCACAUUCCUGAGGAGCAACUGGCGUUAUUCGCGUACAGCUGUUAUUUCGAUUUGCAGGCCACCGAACGAUGCAUGGACGUUUAUUACAGAAUGAGGACCACCAUCCCGGAAUUUUUCAGCAACAGGGAUCCCAGGCUCAAGUAUCUGCAACACUCUCUGAAAGUCUCAGUAUUAAUGACGCUCCCGAAGCCGGAUCAAAAUGGCUAUCGGAUAAUUUUUCACCGACUGGCGGACACCCGACCGCUCCAGUACGUAUUCAACGACACCAUCAAGCUGUUGUUGAUGUCCAUCGACGCGAGUCUCUACACGGACGGCUGUUCUCCGGGAUAUGUGUUUCUCCUCGACAUGCACGGCGUGCGUCUCAGCCACUUGCCGAAGCUGUCGAUAAACAGCAUCCGGAGAUUCUUCGAGUAUAUUCAGGAGGGCAUGCCGGUCAGGCUCAAGGCCGUUUACGUGUUAAACGCGGUCUGGUUCAUGGACAAGGUCCUCGCGUUCAUCAAACCCUUCAUGAAACGGGAACUAUACGAUAUGCUUCACCUUUACACCGGUGACGUCUCCGACGUAUAUCCUCAUGUACCGCCUGAAUGCCUGCCGAAAGACUUUGGUGGGGAAUUGGACUGUAUCGCAAACCUUCACGAAUUGCAUUGCGUGAAAUUGGACGAGUUGCGGAACUAUUUUCGCGAGGAGGAAUCUCUGUUUCAUAAUUAUUCAUCUAGCAAGACGAAGAUAUCAAAUAAUCUACAAAUUACUACUAGUAAUUUGGAGGAAGAUCAGAAUGACGAUGAUACUUGACAUAAAAGUAGUUUUAAGAUCUUAUAUAUAAAUAAUCUUAUCUGUAUAAUAUGAGGUAUUUACUGUACAGAUAAAUA